GCCGUGCUUUCCCUUUAAGAGGGAGGUGAAUGGCAGGAGACUGAAAAUGUUGGGAACAGUACAUGAGAAAGUCACUCGCAGUCUAGGGAGAAGCAGGAACCAAGGGAAGAUGUGAGAGUGGAGGUCACGAAACGGAGAUCAAUCAGCGCCUGUCCAGUUGCCUUCGCUUAAUGCCGACUGAUAGCAUGACUCGCUGUGGUUAGAUUUGCAGUGUUCCACGAUUUGCAUGUGGCUGAGAGCGCGCUGAAAAGCACUGGAGGGACGGCAGAAGUUUGGGCAGCACGGUUCUCUCUGGAGUGCACCAUGGCCUGCACCCCCAGCUACCAGCUUUGGCAGUCAACUGUUAGCUCCAUGGGCUUUGCAUGUGGGACAAGUGCCAGUCACAGACUCAGCAGAAUGUGCGAGCCCAGCUCUCCCGCGUUGCGUCCCUACGCCAGUGAUGUGACCAUGGUGGGCGUCAGCAUCAAGCAGGAGGAGGAGGAGUCCAGCAGUGGGGGUCGAGCCUCCAGUGAGGGGAGGGAGCCCCAGCGCUCGUCUCCAGUCGACAAUUGGUCCUCGCCGCUGCCCGUCGAACGUACAGAUGAGAAAGCCACGCCCCCCAGUCGCCCUCCGACCUCGGAGGGCUCACCACUCAGAGAGCAGGAGCAGGGGGUGACCAGCAGCUUUAAGCGUCAGGACGCCCAGCCCAAUGGUGGUGAAGCAAUGCCGACCAUAGAGAAGCUGUUAACCUCCGACUGGAAGGAGAGGCUCCUGGAUAAAGGCUCACCAGGUGGCAGUGGUCUCCGAGGCACGCAUGAGAGCCUAGCGGAGAAGGAGCUGCAGCUGCUGCUGAUGAUAAACCAGCUGUCAGGGCUGCGUGAGCAGCUGCUGGGCGCACACUCGGAGCAGAGGAACAUGGCCGCCCUGCUGCUGGAGAAACAGCAACAGCAGAUGGAGCUGGCCCGCCAGCAGCAGGAGCAGAUCGCCAAGCAGCAGCAGCAGUUGAUCCAGCAACAGCACAAGAUCAACCUCCUGCAGCAGCAGAUCCAGCAGGUGAACAUGCCAUACGUCAUGAUUCCCGCCUUCCAUCCCAGUACCCAGCAAAUGUCGGUCACCUCCGAGUCACAAAUGGGCCUACCCAUCCAACCCAUCCCCUGCAAGCCAGUGGAGUACCCCAUGCCUCUCCUCCCAAGCCCACACCCCCCCUCUAUGAAAAGGUCCAGUGGCUCAGCAUUUCGACAGGAGAGCAGCCAGCCUCUGAACUUGACGGCCAAGCCCAAGGGGCUGGACGUGGGGAAAACCCCCAGCCCCCAGGCCAUGGAGCUGGCCUCUGCACACCUGCAGGGGGGGUACCGGUCCCGAGAGCUCCCGCCCAGCCCCCAACGCCUUAGCCUGAACUUCUUGGGAGAGGGGGACGUGGUGACACAGGCGAUCCAGGAGGCGCAGCAGCUGCUCAGGGGUCAGAGGGAGCGGGAGAGGGACGGCACGACCAGGCCGCACGUGCUGAAAGUCGCCCUCGGUGCCUGUUUCCAGGGUGAUUACAAGGAAGGGUCACGGGGUGGGCGUCUGACCCCGUCGGAGCGGCCUGAGGAGCGACAGGUGCGGGACGACCUCAUGGGCAGUGACUCUGAAGGCACGAUGUCCAUGUCUGGCCUGGUGGGGAUGGGGGAGAGCCGGACGGCCCCCUCUGGACACAUCAAGCGGCCCAUGAACGCCUUCAUGGUGUGGGCCAAAGACGAGCGCCGCCGCAUUUUGCAGGCCUGCCCCGACAUGCACAACUCCAGCAUCAGCAAGAUACUGGGAACGCGCUGGAAGUCCAUGUCCAACCAGGAGAAGCAGCCGUACUAUGAGGAGCAGGCGCGCCUGAGCCGCCAGCACCUGGAGCGCUACCCCGACUACAAGUAUAAGCCGCGGCCCAAGCGCACGUGCAUAGUGGAGGGCCGGCGGCUGCGCGUGGGCGAGUACAAGGCCAUGAUGAAGAGCCGGCGGCAGGAGCAGCACCGCACCGCCUUCUCCACCAGCCAGCUAGAGCCACAGCUCCACUAUCCAGCCGCAUCCAACGACGGUCAGUACUCCGGCACGCCCGUCUCCAUGGCUUCGCUGCCACUCCACUCGGCCCUGCUGGAGCACUACCUGCCCCCCCGGAGCCUGGAGGCGGUGCAGGCACAGGUGCAGGCGCAGGCCCAGGCACGAGACGUGGGCCUGGCAGACGCGGUGCAGCGGGACAGAGAGAGGGAGAGGGACAGGGACAGGGAGAGGGAGAGGGCCCGAGAGGCCCAGAGACAGCCCUACAGCGAGGGAGACGACAGUGACGCAGGCGAGCGCAGCGAAGGCGAGCUUGUGGUGCUCACUGACUGAAACCGUCUGUGUGUGUGUGUGUGUGUGUGUGUGUGUGUGUU